AUGCGAUCAGUCCAACGACCAUCAUGCAGAAAGCCUUGCGGCGCCGAGUUUGAGCUGGUCUCGAAGAGGUAUCAACACGACCUCCCGACCUUCUGUGUGAUCGCGACUGGUGGGACGAUUCAAGCAGGGGCAGAAAGUCCGAAAGAGAAAUUUUAUUAUGAGAAUGGCCCUGCCUACGGCAAGACACUCUUCGAUCAGUGGGCUAGUAUCACGGACUACAACAUCUUGGUUUAUCAGCCCUGGAAUAUCGGAAGCCACGAGAUCAAGAUGCACCAUACAAUUACCUUGGCCAAGAUCGUCCUUCGUUGCAUUACGAAUGGAGCAGAUGGCAUUCUAGUAACACACGGCACAGACACCAUGGUAGACACGGCUUCAAUCAUCCAGUGGCUCAUAGGACUUCAUAUGAAAGAUAUUCCUAUUGUAUUCACUGGCGCAUCGAACCCAAGUUUAGCAGAAUGCAGCGAUGGCCCAGAGAAUCUCGAUGAUGCGCUAGCUGUGCUUGCCAAUGGCGGUGCAAAGAAUAGAGGCGUGAUGAUUCUGAUGAAUAGACUCAUUUUUCUCGCCGAGCAUGCUAUCAAAUAUGAUGCAGGAAGAAUCGGCGGGCUCGGCGGUCCAGAGUAUGGCAGCGUCUUGGAUGGGAGGGUAAGCUUUCACUACGCACCUUCUGUCUCAGGCGCACACAGUAUCCCCCUGGAUAAGGUGGUGAACUCAACCCAGCGGGCAGUUCUCGUGAUGGGCUAUCAGGGCAUAGACACACAGGCGCUUGAGGCUGUCUUGGAUACGAAGCCAGAAGCGGUUGUUGCUGCUGGAGUUGGGGAUGGAUGGUUUUCCGAAGAUGCCAUGGCUAUUUUACAAGCUGCAGCAGCGGAGGGCAUGAUUGUCAUCGCAGCCGCGAGAUCAGGCAGGAUGGCGAGAACAACUCUGGAGAAAUGGCAGAUUCCGUGCUAUGAUCUUGAUUAUUCUAAGUGCCUUGCACUAACAAGGCUUGCGCUAUGGGCUGAUUAUAAUCACUCAGACAUACGAGCACUGCUUGAUGGGAGCGGAGACGAGGGGACAGGCAAGCAGGGCGAAAGGGACCAGCAAAGUAUAAGUCCAAAUGCUUUAGUUAUGUCGCUUCGGCAGCUUGUUCUUCAGAGCUGCUGCAGAUUGAUGAGCUGGGUGUAUUCGCCAUUCAGCCUCGAAUGCAUCUAG